UGCAUAUGAAUGCUAUGUGCUUUGACUAGAACUUCGUACGCUUUGGUGGACGAAGAAGAUUUAUGUUAAUUAGGUAAUCAAAGCAAUCGAAGAGCGUGCGAGUCCUUGUUGCUAACGAAUCGGUGGAUUAGUGUCACCUGUGCAACUGGACCGGUGGUGGACCUCCGGUGAAUUCGUGUUGAGUGCCCUUGUCGAAUGUCACGUGUCUUGUUUCCGCGCCAAGUUGUCCGCGGGCUAAACAGUGUCGUACACGGUGCAGCAUAUUCAGCGCGCAGUGAAUAAAUUGUUCUUUAUUUGCUUGUACUGGCAUCUUCAUUACAUGGUGUUACAUUUCAUUAUGUUGUACAACGGCACGGCGGACUGAUCCUCGUCGUCAGCGUUGGACAAAAACAACAGGCACUCGACGGAGCGGUGGCCGGUACUACAGGUGCGUAGUGCAUCCAGCAGCCUGCCGAAGAGUGCUAAAACAAGCUGAAGUGAUUACCAACAACAUUAUCUUGUGUGCGGCGAGAUUUAUUAACUGGUGGUGCUGGUACUCGGCAAGCGAUGUUGUAAGGCUAAUGAGCUAACCAAUCCCCUACAAGUAGUGACCCGAAGAAAGUGAUACUUUUCACGUGUACAUCUAGAUCUGACACGAUCCCGCAUAAGCUGGUACAGAUCUUGUCUCGCUAGAGGCUGCCGAAUAUAUUCAUCCGCUUGUGUUUAAUUAGCGGGAUCGGCAAGGAGCAACGUUUUUUGUGUUCAUCGGUGAUCUCUGAUUUUUUUUCACUGUUGUGUGGUGCAAUACCAAAACAAGCCCAUUAAGACUCGCGUGAGCUGCUACUUCCUGGAUUGGGUAGAUUAUCGGAGUAGCGAACAAGAUGAACCAACAAUGCAAGGUGUGUGGCGAACCGGCCGCUGGAUUUCACUUCGGAGCAUUUACCUGUGAGGGUUGCAAGUCAUUCUUUGGUCGCACAUACAACAAUUUGUCAUCAAUUUCGGAAUGUAAAAACAACGGCGAAUGUGUCAUCAACAAAAAGAAUCGCACCGCUUGCAAGGCGUGCCGACUCCGCAAAUGUCUGGUGGUUGGAAUGUCCAAAAGCGGUUCUCGAUACGGUCGGCGGUCGAACUGGUUCAAAAUUCAUUGUUUGCUGCAGGAGCAGCAAGCCCAUAAGAACAAUAACAACAACAAUCUCGCCAGCAAUAAUAACGAUACCAGCAGUAGCAACAACAAUAACAACAGCAGCAGCAACAACAAUGGAAGUAGGAAUAUCAAUUCUCCUGUGCUACUACCGAAUGGAUUUCUUCCUGCGAACUUUCUUUCAAAUCUCUGCAACAAUAAUAACAACAACGUAACGAUGAAGAAGGAGCUGAAGAGACCCUGCUCACCUAGCGAUUCGGGUGCAUCCUCCGCAGAUCCCGAAGAGAGUCCUGGUUUCAAAGAUCCCUUUGUGAGGAGUAACCAUGUGAAGUCACCCAAGAUAGAAGUUCCCGAGGUGACCCUUACUAAGAUCAGUCCAAAGGUCAGCCGAACGCCGUCGUCGUCAUCUUCCUCUACAGUAGCCACAACAGCCGACAGUUUCCGACCGCUGCUGGAUCGGAUAUCUCCUUACCCACCUCCAUCGGCUGGCUUUCGGCCAGAAACCACAUCCUAUUUCCCGAUGCCUUUCGCGAUCCCACCGGUUUCGCUGGCAUUGAUAGCAUCCAGCAAGCAUAUACACGAGCAGCAUGAACCAAUCGACCUAUCGAUGAAAUCCAAAUCGUCCAGUUCGUCCGGAUCCCCGCAACGGUUGGGCUCUACAUCUCCACUUCUGGCCGAAAUUCCCGACUCCGGAGUGCUGUCAUCCGUAGAGACGAGCCCCCCAAGACCCGUCCCGCUGGAUCUCACCUUCGUACGGACGAAAGCACUUUCCGGGUGAUAGUAAACCUACCGCGCCUCAUUUUAGUGGUAAAUCCUGUACUCAUACUACUCUUUUUGAAAUGUGAUUGAUAAUAACACUUGCUCUAGAUCUAGUGUGUAGGUAGUGUUAGAUGAAGUAUUCAAGGAAUAAUAAAAUCACAACACAGUAAGUGCCAGAAUCGACUCUCGACAAAUUAGGAUACACCGAAAGAGAAGAAGUAAUCCUCGCAUUUAUAUGGAAAAGCAGAAAAUCGUUGCGACACAGCUCCAUUCUCGUGCUUCAACUAUAUAUUUUUGGAAAAACUUUUUAGAGCUGUAAGGUUAGUUGU